CCUCCGAUGCUACUUCCAUGUUGCACCUUCACCCAGACACAAAGCUGCUGUUCCAACCGUUGCUUCCUUAGUUUUGAAAUAUUAGGAAACAGCUAUCACAAUUCCUACCUAUGUCCAAGGUUGCCUAAACCCACUCGGCUCAAUUUGAGUCGUUUUUUUGUAACUAUCACGGAUCUCCGCCCAAUUACCCAUAUUCGCUGAUCUACGGUCAAUACACAGACAGCGAAUGCACUACUGAUGACAUCCAGCCAUGAUUCAAUUCAUUGUUAUCUUCCUGCUAUCCCUGUUUUCACAGGUAGCCACCUUCCCCGCCGAUGUCAUUGAGACGGGCCCUUUAGUGUCCACCAGUGUUCCUUCUUCGUCAUUCAACGGCACGGCUACUCUCGAUAAAGUGACACCCGACGAUGCAUAUUACAACGGGAGCUGGCAAAACGAUAAUAAUCAAGAAUGCAACUGGGCCACGAAGUAUAUGCCAUACGUCAACUCUGAAUGCACAGAGUACUGCGAGGCAGACACUUAUAAUUGGGGCUACAAGUACCAUCGUCUACGAUACCACAUUAAACUAUCAGCCAAUGGCCAAAACCCUACGAAUUGGUGCAAAAUGUUCAAGGCAAGAAUGAUGUACAAUUGUGGUGUUAGAUCGCCCGAUUUCUUCAAUUGCAACGAAGGCAGAGCACCAAACAUUGACGCACUCCGUGUUUGGGCUUACGAUGGCUCAAGCGGCAAAAUCGUGCAGAAGCCUGGUAUUAACCUGCGAUUCGACUUUAACCCAUGGUGGGAACCCCGAGAUGCAAUGCAUGAUUGUGUUGGGUCGUCUAUCCGUGAAGCAACGUGUGCAGGGACCGUUUUCAUCAAUGGCCUACGAUGCAUCCCCGUAUUGUUCGCAACUCCGAACGGUGCCGAGGUUGAUGAGUCUUACGUACCUCCUAACCCGAGAUGCUUAUACAACCACGAGGUUCCUCCCGAUUCAACUUAAACGAAUGAGUCAGGACCGCGGGAAACAAGGUUCCAAAUCGUGGUUCAAUAGAUGGGCUUCGAAAUCGAGUAAAUGCUUGUAGCUUGCUUGCUAUAUUCGGUAGUUAGCAUGUUUCUCAGUGCACUCAACACCAACUUACUCUCUCCGACCCGACGUCAACUUUCAGGUCUACAGCCCAACAUUGUCCUGCUCGUUAGGAGUAGCGUAGCUAUCUACCUACGGUGUUACAAGGUAGCCGAAAUUUAGCAAAUAUCUACCUCUAUCUGUCAUCAUCAACUUAGCAUAGGCUUAUUUGCCUUGUCAAGACCUUGAAUUUAGCUGGCUUCAACACCAUGCGACAGUAUGCUC